AUGGCGGGUGAAAAUGGACGAAAAGCCGUUCUGGCUGACUACAUGGAUUAUGCGACUGUGCAUGGAAUAGGGCGUUCCAAAAACUCCCCGUAUUUGGUGUUCAAGCUAUUUUGGGUAUUAGCUCUUCUUGCUUCUCUAGGAAUGAUUAUAUGGCAAGUUCGUGACUUAUACGUAAAGUAUGAUAGCCAUCCAGUAAGUACGUCAAUAGAAGUGAAAACAGCCAAAAGAUUGAAAUUCCCGCCAAUUACUAUAUGUAACACAAAUCCAGCCCAGUACUCGUUAGUUGAACCAGGGUCAACAUUAGAUGACGUCAUACAAGAGGCUUCCAAAAAAUAUUCUAUUGACCUGAAUAUUUACAACAGCACGGACAUGUAUAACUAUAAUUUCUCAGCGUUUGAUGAACAGAAUAAAAACUCUUCUCUUGAAAAUGACAUAAUGUGGAUAACUGCUGAACAGUUCCGGAUGAAAAUGGCCACACUUGAUGAUUUUACACUUGAAAAUAUAUCCCAGCCAUUACCUGAAUUCUUCCUACUCUGUAACUUUGCGGGAAAACCCGGGGCGACUAGUAGUGGUGCGCAAUUUUUAAUUGAAAAGAUUCUUCAUACUGCUAGUUUAUGUUACAGAGAAGCAAUCACGCAAAUCCGGUCGUACACAUACGGUUUGUGUUACAAGUUCGAACCCGAGUACAUACCCGAGCUUUCACCCCAUGGUGAGGUGGCGGACGCUGGUCCAAAAUAUUCAUUGGAAAUACUUUUGAAUGUUGACCAAUCCGAGAGUAUUCCAUUUGUGACGUCAUCAGCGGGUGUCGUGAUCGGGUCAGACUCACGCAGCCAGAUUUUUCACGAAAAUAACGGAGUUUUCGUGCCAACAGGGUUUGAAACAAACAUUGCUUUGUCACUCGUUGACACAGAGAGGGUAACUGGUUAUGAUAAAACCCCACGAUGCGACCAAUCAAACGACUUCGAAAGCUCCCUUUUGGACUGUUUCAAAUCUUGUAAACUACGAGAUAUCGUGAACAGUUGCGGCUGUUACCUGCAUUUCUUCAACAUUGGUUCUAUAAAUAAAUCUGUCAGCUUAAACAACACGUUUGAUGAUCUGUUUGGCUACUCACCAUGUUACACCAAACAACAUUAUAAAUGUAUCCAAGAACUUGAAGCGACCUAUAUACUACAACCAACGGAUGAUUGUGACGAAUGUUUACCACCAUGCAGCGAAAUUUAUUAUGAAAGCCAUGUUUCACAGUCAACAUGGCCCGGGACAAAUUUUAUUCCUAUACUCAGGAAAAUCUUCAAUUCAAAACUAAAAGAUCAAAUGGCGUCAUCCGAAGUAAAUCGUGAUUAUGUCAGGGACAACCUUGCACUGGUGAGAAUCUAUCUGUCAUCGCUGUCCUACCAGGUCAUCAAGGAAGAAUAUGCUUAUUCGGAAGUUGACUUUAUCAGUGACAUUGGUGGACAGCUUGGAUUGUGGGCGGGGUUUUCUGUUCUGUCCUUGUGCGAGAUUUUAGAGUUAAUUUUCUUACUAUGUGCAAGUGGAAUGAAAAGGGAGAACACCAAUCCGGACAACACUGUUACACCUCUAGAGAAAAAAUAAAAUUAUUGUUAGAAACAUUUUAUGUAAAAGCUGUGAUAAAGAAUGUCUUAUAUAUGUAUUGUACAAUUCUUUAAUGUAUUAGAUAGUUACAUUUUUAUGAAUUUUCGUCUUUAGGGCUAUAUUUGACAUGGUGAGUACUUCCUCAGAUUUGUUAUCUGGAAGGUAUAGAUGCACAAAUCACAGCGGACCAGUGGUUCAGUCUGAACUAGUUAUCUGUUUUACUCGGAGUAAAAAUAUUGAAAUAUAGUGUGGUAGAAAUGUAUAUGGUUCUUAAAAAUGAUACAUUGUUGUAUUUUGCUUUGUUUGUUACAUACUUUAUAAAUGUACUAUCAUUUCCAAUGUGCCUUAAAUAUAAAAUUCAUUACAUUGCCCUUGAAAAUUGUGCAUGAAUUCACAUUUUAUAUAAUUGUUUAUAUGAGUGAUUCUGUUUGAAAACUUAAAAGAUAAGAUGAAUGCGUACAUUUAUGUCUUAUAAUAACUGCGAUAACGAAACUGUUCUCCAACAUUAGAUCUUUUUAUUAAACUUUGUGGCUUAAGCUCAAUUAUCUAAGUACAAAAUAAGGCAUUACAGUUAUGAUUAGUAACUUUUAAACAACAGCGGGCCAUAACAUGAAUGAACAUUUUAUUUCUCUAACAGUAAAUAACAUAAUUCUGCUCAUUUUUACAUAAGGAGUUUGUUUUUAAAAUUUUCGUUUGGACAGGAGAAAUUUGUUUUUAAAAUUGUAUCUCAUACACGAAUUACCUUAAAUUAAAAUUGAUUUACUAUUAUAUUUAUAUAUUUAAAUUUUUGUUUGUUCGUAAAAAAGAUUUUAGAUUUUUGUAUACAUGUUUUUUUUUUUCUUUUUUAACUAAUGUUAUCCUUUUUAUUAUUGUUCAAUGAGAACGUUAUAUUGUAGUAAAUAUACAUGUUUCGCUUUUUAUGUAAA